CCCUCUCUAUCAUAUCGAGAAGAGUACUGCAUCGCAGGAGAAGGGAGACUCGAAACACCCACAAAGAAAGAAACCGCGAGCAACCCAAAUGCGUUGUUGAAGCGCCUGAGACAGGCAAAGCAAAGCGCAGAUGGAGAAUCUCAAAGCAGUCGCGGCUGUCGGAGAGCCGGACAUGGGCGUCGACGGCAUGCACUGCAACUUCCACCCUUUCAACGCUUCGGGCGGCGGCGGGAUCUGCGCCUUCUGCCUCCAGGAGAAGCUCGGCAAGCUCGUCUCCUCCUCCCUCUCCUUCCCGAGCCAACGCAACUCCUCGUCCCCGUCGCCUUCCCCGUCUUUCAGAUCCGACGACGUCGUCCCUUCGACGUUGUCGUUCACGUCCUCCUCGAUGCCCCACCGGGCCCACAGUGCGCACCACGCCAAGCACUCGAAAGUCGCUUCCUUUUUGGCCAAGAAGAAGAAGAAAGCCACGGUGGAGGAGGAUGCUGCACCGAGCAUGGUGUUCCGGAGGAGCAGGUCCAUCGCCUUCUCUGCUGCUACUCCUCAAAGUUGCCAUUUUUAUGACGUCGGUGGGCAUGUUUAUAGCCCCAGAAAGAGGGGUGGGUUCUGGUCUUUCAUGUCUCUCUCCUCCUCCUCGAGGCCGCAAAACGCAAGGGACAGAGACUCAGGGCAUUCUCUGUCGAGGACAGGACAAGCUGUGGUCGAAGAAGAUAAUGUUGCUGUCGCUGCUCAAAAUGGCGUCUCCGCUUCAUCUUUUGAGAACAAUAACAAGGUCUCAAGAUCCAGAUCUGUGGGGUGUGGGAGCAGGAGCUUCUCAGGGGACUUCUUUGAGAGGAUCUCCACUGGGUUCAUUGGGGACUGCACGACUCUGAGGAGGGUGGAGUCUCACAGAGAAGGCAAGCCACCCAGAGCCUCCACCUCCACCACCUCGGAGGCUCAUCAUCAUCCUCAUCAGUGCAUGAAGGAGAGGGUCAGGUGUGGGGGGAUCUUUGGUGGGUUUGCUAUUGCCAACUCAUCCUCGUCCAUCUCAUCAUCCUCAGCAUCUUCCUCAUCCUACUGGGUCCCAUCAUCCUCCAAUUCAGCCGAAGACAAUGUCAAUCACAGCGGCGUGUCAUCAAAGCCGCCAGUUUAUUCUCAUCAUCACGGCAGGAGCAAGAGCUGGGGCUGGGCUCUUGCAAGCCCCAUGAGAGCUUUUAGCAGGCCUUCUUCAGGGAAGAGAUCUGCCAGUGCUUCCAUCAAACCCACUUCAGGCAUGAACGGAGCUUCCUUACUGGCUGUUGGAGGCUGAGAGAGAGAGAGAGAGAGAGGAGGCGCUUGUUAGUCCGAGUCUGGUCUUAUACAUAAAUCAGUCAUUUUUACAAUGCUUGUUGAUAAGGAUCUGUUUCAUUAGUUUCAGCUUGCAUCACAGUGUAGCACUUGAUUCCCACUUUUUUCUCUUGGCUCAUUCAUGUCUCUUGUUCAGUGGAAUGCUCAUAUGUGUUGGUUUUGAGAUUGACCCACCUUCCACCUCUCUCCCUCUGUCCUCUUUCUGGGGAGAGACAGAGCAUCCAGAGAGUCCCAUGUGAUUGUUCAAUCGUUCAUCUUCUUGAUCUUGUAUUCUUUGUAGUGUUAAUUGUUUUCUUCUGGGUUGCUGAAUCUGAUCGAAUGGUCAAUGGUACAGGUGUUUGUUGACUACAAUAACAAUGCAUGUUGGAGGGGGGC